AUGUGUCUUUUAAUUGCAGUAUCCAGCUAUCAGCUUGAUGGAGAGAUGUCACAAGAAGAUAUCUCGAAAGGAUUAUAUGCACUUAUUUUUGCAUUAUUGACUUUCGGAGUUCUAGUUGUCUUAGAGUAUAAACCCUUGUAUACUCUCUAUGCAGUUCCAAUAUUGAUUGGCACAGUAAUGUUCAUGGCUGUCGAUGUUACCUUACAGAGCAAAGAGUUUUGACCAGGAGAGUACUUAUUUGAAAAUAUUUGAUUCUGAUUUGCAAUGAUCAAUUUCGUUCCCACUCAGUGGAAACUAAAUACAUUAGCGUUUGGAUCAAUGAUGCUCUAUCUCAUUUAUGGCUCUUACACUAUCUACGGAAUUACAGAACCUAGGCUUGCCAUUACUAUUUUAUUCACAAUCUUCUGGUUCGCUCUCUCAGGCUACUUGCUGAUUGAGAAAAACAGGAGUUUGUACUUGGAGAUCCUGAAAAAUAAAAAAUGAUUAAUGAAUCUGAAGAAAAUUUUACAAAUUCUCCCAUUUGGAGUGGUAAUUUGGCCAUCAGAGUCUGAAGACAAGUGGUUUACUAAUCAGGAAUUUACACACAAGUUUACUAAGAUCAGAAAUGACUUGAAGGAACUCCAAGACCUCGAUGUUUCCUUCAUUAGCGAGGAGGAUACAAUAAAAUCAAAUAAUGCGAAGCAUGAUCUGGAACAAUUUUUGAAAGAAAACUCUAAAAAGCUCUCUGAUACUCAAAAUUUUAUGGUAGAGAAGGAUAUCAAGAUUGCUUGCAAUCUUCUAGAAGCUGAACUCUCUUCCAAAGGUGAUGAGGCAUCAGAAUAUAGAAUUUGUAAGGUUAAAACUCUCAUGAUUGAGUGGGAAGGAGUAGAUGCAUUUAUGCACGUUUUUGAAGACAACACAGAGAUGAUUAAACUUCAAGAGGAAAAGAAUGCAAUGAUGCUUGAAGAAGCCAACAGUAACAUCAAGUUACAGAAGAUCAUGUUUGCAUCAGCUUCUCAUGAGUUCAGAACUCCUUUGAAUUCAAUUAUCAAUUCUUUUGACAUUGUUCUGAAUUCAUUUUAAAAAUAUUUACGAGCUUGCUCUCCCAUAUCUUAGUAGAGUUGACGCAGAAAAGCAAGAAAUCACUGAAAUGAACUUAGAGCUCCUUCAUAAGUUCAUAAAAAUAGGCAAAAGCUCCUCCUUGAUGCUGCUGACGCUUAUUGAAGAUGUUUUGAACUUAGCCAAAAUGGAGGCGGGAACCUUCGCAAUUUUAAAAGAGGAUUUCAAAAUUUGGGAAGUAAUCGAUGACGUAUAUGACAUUUUCCAAAUUCAAUGUAAGCAAAAGGAGAUCAGGUUUGAUCUAAUGAUGACUGAUUUUACUAAGAACCUCACCAUUCAUUCUGAUAAGUCUAGGCUCAAGCAAGUCCUCAUGAAUCUUCUUUCGAAUUCCAUGAAGUUUACUUUCAAUGGAUCUAUUGUUCUUGGCUGAAAGAUCAUGAACAAGAGAGGUAGAAGCUUCGCAGAGUUCUGGGUCAAAGAUACAGGCAUUGGUAUUAGCCAGAAGCAACAAGAGAAAUUAUUCACCUUGUUUGGCAUGGUUUCUGAAACUAAAUCUCUGAACCCAAAUGGAACAGGAAUCGGCCUGACAAUUAGCAAAUAAAUAUGUUGAAGCCCUUGGAGGAGACAUCUAUUUGAGCUCUGUGCUGAAAAAGGGUACACAAGUGACUUUUGUGAUCCCCAUUGACCAAGAAAAGAAGAGUCUUGAUGAUAUUUUUCAAUCGAGCCAAUCUCUAUCAUACUUUAUCGAGCAGGAAGACGGAGGUAUUGGCAGAAUCAAUUCACCUUGGGAACAUCCUUGUUCUAAAGGAAAGUUCACGGACCAUGUUAAGAAAAUGUUACCCAAGGUUGCGAGUAGCAAGUUUUUAGCUACUUUGUAAUUAUCUUGUA